UUAGUUUAUAAAUAGUAGUAUAUCGCUAUAAAUGAGUAAAAGUUUAUUUAUGGUAGAAUUAUUAGAUGGUUGCAUGAUUCAUAUUUCAGUUUGGUUAAUAUAAGGCAUGUGUUAGUGCCGAUUCUUAAGUAAUGUAACUGUUAUAUUAUUUUUUGUUUGUUUCAUUUCAAUUUCGGUGAUUGAAUCCCUUAUUCUGUGAAUUCAGUUUAGGUUUUCAGCUUCAACAGAUUUAAUUCAUUCUUAUAAUCAGAGGGGUAUAAGACCUUAACAUUUUGGUUUUACAAAUGAAAGUGUUAAAGGUUAUAAUUUAGUUUUUGACUUGUGAUUAAGUUGUGAUAUAAAUUGUACUGUAAUUGAAUUUUUUAGCAGAUUAUAGCAUUUACGGUUUACCUGAUUUGGAUAUUUGUAAAAAAGUACUGUAACAAAACAUGUCUGACAAACAGAAAACCCUCGUAUGCGGCGAUGUGAACGGCAACUUUAAUACAUUAUUUUCCCGCGUAGAAUCUAUCGUGAAAAAGUCUGGACCCUUUGACGUGCUUUUAUGUAUUGGAAAUUUUUUUGGUGAUGACAAUUCACAGCUGGAUGCAUACAGAAUGCGUACAAGGAAAGUACCAGUUACUACAUAUGUUUUUGGGCCUUCAAAAAGUGAACAUGUCCAAUAUUACUGUGAGGAAGGAUCAGAAAUAGUUCCAAAUGUAAUUUAUAUGGGUAAGAGAGGAUUGUUCACAACAAGUUCAGAUAUAAAAAUAGCAUAUCUGACUGGUCUGUCUCGUAGAGAGCUUGGUAAGGAUAUACCAAUGUGUGUAUUUGAGCCCAGUGACUGUAGUGCUGUUAGAGAUGCAUGUUUCAGAGGACAGAGUGAGUAUAGAGGGAUUGAUGUACUUAUAACUACUCUGUGGCCUGCUGGAAUACAACAGGAUGAAACUCAAAAGGUUGAUAUUGAAGAAGAUCGUCGGUCAGACUUAUUAGCAUGGCUCUCAAUACAUUUGAAGCCUAGAUAUCAUUUUGUCCCAUCCACAAACAAAUAUUAUGAGAGACAACCAUAUAGAAACCAGAGUAUUCAUCAAGACUAUAGGGAAUGUGCUACAAGAUUUAUAGCAUUAGCUCCAGUAGGUAAUAAAGUUAAGGAAAAGUGGAUAUAUGCAUGUUCUUUACAACCAAUCUCAAAGAUGCGCAUGACUGAUUUACUUCAAGCCACUACAGAUGAAACUCCUUGUCCAUAUGACCCAGAACUUUUAAAACAACAUCAACCUGGUAAAGUUGUUAAGUGUACUGGAAAUGGACAAUAUUUUUUCAAUAUGGAUGCAGCAGAUGAUGAUCAGGGCAAAAGAAAAAGGAAAGGAGGUGACAAUCCUGAGAGAAAGAAAAAAGAUAUUGAUCCAGAUUCGUGUUGGUUCUGCCUCUCUUCACCUACUGUGGAGAAACAUCUAGUUAUAACUGUUGGUACUCAUUGCUACUUAGCAUUAGCAAAGGGUCCCCUGACGCCGCAGCAUGUGUUAAUUCUACCGAUAGCUCAUCAUCAAUCUGUUACACGGGCGCCAGACGAAGUGGUAAAUGAAAUAAAAAAAUUCAAAUGUGCUCUAAGGAAAUUCUUCGCGUCAAUAGAUAUGGCGGUAGUGUUCUUUGAGAGGAAUUUUCAUACUACACAUAUGCAAAUACAGUGUGUACCUGUGUCGAGAGCAUGCUCUUCCCAAGUACUUGAAGUAUUUCAGGAUGAAGCGGGUAUAAACAGUAUUCAAAUGGAAGUGUUACCACCGUACACAGAGAUAGAACAAGUGAUGUUGCCUGGCGCGCCGUACUUUCACGCCGAGCUGCCCUCUGGUGAACAAGUGUAUGCCAAGACCAAACAACACUUUCCAUUACAGUUUGGAAGGGAUGUGUUAUCGAGCCCUCCGAUUUUAAAUUGUGAAGACAAAGCAGACUGGCGGCAAUGUCAGAUCAGCCGGGAGGAGGAGGUCUCGUAUGUCGCCAACUUCAGAGAACAGUUCCGCGCUUUCGACUUCACCGCCGAUGAAGACAGCGAUAGCGAUUAAGGUUUUAAUAUGAUUGACUUGAUGAUUAUCUUUGCGUCUAGUUGUAUAUGUAUGUAGCUUAUGUUUGUUUACAAUAAUAAUGAAAUAUUUUUUCUAUUUAUUUAUCUAAAAGGAUAAUGACAGGAUAUAGAACAAAGUUUACAAUACUUUAAAAUUACUUUUCCUAGUCAAAACUAUAUAAAACCGCGUACAUUAUAAUUGAGUUAGCCGCUAGGACACGGGUGGUCCUAUAAACCCAAGCGGUCAAAAGGUUAAAAUAAGGUAGGGAUAGUGGAAAAUAAUCAGUUCAAGUAAAUGAUUUUUUUUAUUUUCUUUCACAUCAUACUGUCCUAAUAACUCAUUUGUUUGCAUUAUAAAAACAUAUCUGUAACAACAUGAUUAACUAACUUUUACAUUAUUCACGUGUAGUUAUGUAUAUAAAAAACAAAAUUCUCAAAAAUGAUAUGGUAUAUUGACUAAUGUCAACCGACUAGAAUUAAAAUGAUAAAUAUUUUAAUUCGUAACCAUUAAAAAACAUUGCGUGUUGACGUAAAUUGAAAUUACAGUUAUUUCAAGAAAAUAAUUAUGCAAUUUCGUAACGACUACUUAAACUACUUAAUGAUCUUCGAUUGACUAGCAUAGGUAUUUGGGUCUAGUAUUUUAUAUAAAAUAGAUCUCAAUUAAAUAUAGGGCAGUCUUCGUUGGAAUUACUAAAGAGAGUCAACGUAAACAAUUGUAAAACAUUAAAAAUACCACACAAUUCACUUAAAUGUGUUAUUAAAUAUAAAACGUUGUGUUAGAGGACUGUACAUAUUGCGACGGGCCGAGAACGAGAGGGCGCUAUGAGUGUAAUGUAAAAUAAUCUUUAAUACUUGAUAUUAAAAACUAAAGCAUAAUGAUGCAUUAUAGGUAAAAAAAGAAUAUUUAUAUGUUAAUAUUCAGGUUGUAAUAAGCUAUACGUGUAAUUAGAAACAAUUAACAUUUUAACAAAUAAAAUAUUUUGCCUAUUAAAUUAUUGUGCUCGUUUCCUACAAGGUACAAAUACAUGAAUAAUAAAGUUUGUCACUGUUUCUCAUUUGUCGUUCAAA